ACGUCUGUUUAACCCGAGUGAACGCUAUAACUCAUGCUAGGUUUCAUUAAUUAAAACCUCUAACGCUCAAUGGAGUUCCAACCCCCUUGUCCCGGCAAAGUGGAACCUUCCAACCAGGUGUAACUGGAAUCCAUUUUGGCUCAAGACGGAGCCGCUUCCCGCGUUAACGCAGGGCGCGUUUGAGCCCAAAUGAACGCCGCUGUACUCCAGUUUCUCACUCGUGAUUCUGUCCUGCAACUAGAGUUGCUAGGACGCAAACAUCAUCUUUAUAAACUCUACCGACCCCUAUGUGACACACUCAGUACUCAAUCUCAUCCACAGCCUAGUUUUAAUAAAACGAGACGCGAUGUGUUCUUCAGCGCACAGACUAACGAUAAAUAGACCUGUCAAAACGACGCAGGGGCAUUAGCCGCUGAUUUGUGCAUUCGCUUAUUUAUUACUAUUAUUGAUAUUAUCAUAAAGCGUGAUAUAAUGGCGACGGAGUGCACGCAGGAAUCUGUCCUGGACUUUCUACUGGAAAAUGGGGGGCGUGUGAAAAACAAGGACUUGGUCGCGCAUUUUAAAGUCUUUCUGAGCAGCGAAAAUGCGAAGCGGGCCGUGCUAAAAGAGAGAUUUAAGCGUUUUGUGGACAAUAUCGCCUCCGUGAAGCAAGAACACGGGGAGAAAGUGGUGUGUUUGAAGAAGAAGUACAGAUACCCGGAGAUGCGCGCGCAGGAUGAGAAGCCCGAUGAUGAGGAUGAUGAUGAUGAAGACAUCAACAGAGGAAUCAAUGCAUUGCACUUUGAAAAGAACGUCAACAUGCAUGAAGAAAUCAGUGAUCUGAAUCCUAAAUCAGAGGAGGGGAAGGCUGUGAGAGAUGCUGAGGCGGAGCUGAGUGUGUCUGACAUCGCACUGAUUGAGAAAGACUGUGAGCUCUCAGAUGCAAAGGAUAAUGACACUGUGCAUGGAAAUGAUGUAAUGCAACCAAAUGCUCCUGGGCUCUCUAAUGCUCAGCCAACAGGAGAAGCGGAGCUGGAGGCUGGAGUUGGCAGAGCUUCUGUCACGCCACAGGUCAUCAUCAGUAGACGGAGAACAUCGAGGGGAUCUCAGCGGAGUCUGCUGGGCUCUUCUGAGGAUGGAGCACAUGAGGCACCGGCUGAGGAUGGCAGCACCCCAAAAUGCAGCCGCAAGAACUUCAUAGAGCUCAUGAUGAGCAGUUCUCCACAGGUGGGACAGGUGCAAAUGCACAUACAGGAAUAUGUGGAUGUGCGGGAUUACAGCGGGAAGAAAGCAGCGCAGUAUCUCCGAUCCAGCGUCACAUGCGACAUCAAGGACAUCAUAGGAGCUUGUGCGAACUCUGACGCAGAGAACGCAUCUGGAGCCGGGCGAUGGAAGCUUCCUAAAGUCCUGCAGUCCAACCUCAACCCCCUACGGUUACUGAACCACCCUGAAGAGAUGAUGGCCGAUGCUCAGCCCAGGCCCAGGUCUCUGUAUCGGAAAUCCUCCAUCAGUCGCAUCAGACUGCAGAGGAACCGCUUCAAGACGCAGAUCGUCCACAGCACUUCGUUCAGAGAGAACGAGGAAGGCGAGGAGUCGCUCAAGAGCCCAGUCAAAUCCAGACCCUUGUCCAAUCUGUUUGGCUGAGACGGAAAUGUG